AUGUACUCUGAAAUCAAAUUUUUCAGUGGUGAGCUCUGGGCCCUGGAAGCCUCAGAAGAAAUCAAAAUAAGUAAUGUUGAGAAGGGCAAGACAAUUUUUGUUCCAAAGUGUGCCCAAUGCCACACUGUGGAAAGGGGAGGCAAGUACAAGACUGGGCCAAAUCUGCAUGGUUUGUUUGACUGGAAGACUGGUCAGGUCUUUGAAUUCUCUUACAUGGAUGCCAAUAAGAGCAAAGGCAUCACCUGGGGAGAGGACACACUGAUGGAGUAUUUAGAGAAUCACAAGAAGUACAUCCCUGUAACAAAAAUUAUCUUCACUGGCAUUAAGAAGAAGGCAGGAAAGUCAGACUUGAUAGCUUAUCUCAACAAAUCUACUAAUGAGUUGGUCAUUGCAAUAUUUAUUAUGAAAUAG